AUGCGCGCUUUAAUUGUUUUAUGUUUGGUGGCAGCCGUCAGUGCUGGUCGCCUGGGCUAUAAUUACCAACAGGGUAGUACUAGCACGGGUGGUGUUAUCAGUGGUGGUGGUGGUGGCGGACGGGUAAGUGGAUUGGGUGCACCAGUCAGCUAUAAUGCAGCUCCACAAGCUGAAGUGCAGAAAGAAUUCUACACCUUCUACGCCAACGAGGAUGAUUUCGAUGAUCCAGAAGCCCAGCGUAAGAUUGCUGCCGCUGUCAAGAAGAGCGUGCGUGUCAUAUUCAUCAAGUCGCCGGAGAACCGUGGCUAUGAGAAUGCAGUCCUCGCUUUGGCGAAACAGGCAGCCGAGCAGCAAACUGCUAUUUAUGUUCUCCAUAAGCAAACUGACAUCAAUGAACUGGCCAACAAGUUUAAUGCCGUGCGACAGAAUGCCAAUAGCAAGCCUGAAGUUCACUUUGUCAAAUACCGCACGCCCGAGGAUGCUGUCAACGCCCAGAAGGCCAUCCAGUCGCAAUACGACAACCUCGGCGGCACCAGUCAGAACAUUAAUGGUGGCGUGGCCAAUGCCCUCAAUUUCGCCUCCCGUGGCCCAGCACCAGUGCGCGCCGGUCAACCGCAGGUGCCCAACAGCGAUUACCUGCCAGCUUCGAUUAUUCGUCGUCUGCGUCAUCGCCGUUAG